GUUUUUCAAUUUCGAACUUUGAAAAAUAUAAAAGAAAGUCCAAGUCUUAAAGUGAAAGAAGAAGUUUCUAUUUUUUUUUCCUUAAUUUGGAGCUUUGGGUUUUGAUUUUUAUUCCUGAGAAACAAGAAUUUCCAGGUCAAUUUUGUUUUCCUGAAGGUAUAAUUUCUAUAGUGUUGAAGUUUCUUGUAGUCCUUGUGACAAAGGGGUUGACAAUCCCGUUCUAAGCUGCUGAUAAAUUUUCUGUGAUCUCUUCAUCACGUUGGAAAGCUGAUGCCAAACUCAUAGCAUGGACUCACACCCGCUUUUCGGAUUGUACGGUGUGACUGGUGCGGGCCUAUCCUACUCAACCUCUUGUUCAACUGUUCCUUCAUUUCCUAACAAGUUGUUUAGUUCUUUGAAAUCUGACAUAGGAAACUCACCGAACUCACCCUUUUCAACUCAAUUUGAUUGUGAUACCAACACCACACUGAGUGACAGCCAGGAGCAGCAUAGCUCCACUGAGAAUCUCUCAGGACUCAGCCCUUCUUGUAACUCUUCACUUGAAUCUAACAUUUAUUUCCAUCGAUUGAGUCCCUCUCUGGACUGCAGGCGUGAAAGCUUACCUCUCUGUUCUGGUGGAACUUCUUAUAUACAAGAUGCAAAUUCUAGCCACAAAGUAAUAUACACUUUGCAGGAAUUAGAGACCACACUCAUGGCACCUGAUGAGGAUGAAGAAGUAACCACCUCAAGUGUUUCCUGUGGAGAAAGUAGUAGACCACAGACAACUGACCAGCGAUCUAGGGCAUGGAGUCAGGAGUGCCAAGCAUCUCUGGUGCUUCAGCCUCAGACAUCCUUUGUCUCUAGGCAUAGGCAGUCAACUGAAGUUGCUUAUAUUGAGAAACGUCAUAAAACAAUAGAGGAUUUGUCUUUGCAGGGUAUUCCACGAGGCAAUCUGAAGCAGUUGUUGAUUGCGUGUGCUAAAGCUCUCUCUGAGAACAAUAUGGAUGAAUUUGAUAAGUUGAUUCUGAAGACGAGGGAUUCUGUGUCUAUCUGUGGAGAACCAAUCCAGCGUCUUGGUGCUUACAUGGUGGAAGGGUUGGUAGCAAGGAAGGAGGCAUCAGGGUCUAACAUAUAUCGUGCCCUUCGUUGCAUAGAGCCUGAAGGCAAGGACUUGCUUUCCUACAUGCAUAUCCUGUAUGAAAUCUGCCCGUACUUGAAGUUUGGCUACAUGGCAGCAAAUGGGGCCAUUGCUGAAGCAUGCAGAAAUGAAGAUCGCAUCCACAUUAUUGAUUUCCAGAUUGCUCAGGGAACACAAUGGCUGACCCUCUUGCAAGCGCUUGCAGCCAGACCGGGUGGAGCUCCUUACGUACGGAUUACUGGAAUUGAUGAUCCUGUUUCUAAAUAUGCUCGUGGUGGUGGAUUGGAAGGUGUUGAAAGACGUUUGGCAGCACUAUCUGAGAAGUUCAAUAUUCCAGUUGAGUUUCAUGGAGUGCCCGUAUUUGCACCAGAUAUCACAAGGGACAUGCUUGAUGUCAGGCCUGGGGAGGCUCUGGCUGUCAACUUCCCGCUGCCUCAUCACACCCCUGACGAGAGUGUUGAUGUGAACAAUCCUAGGGAUGGGCUUCUUCGAAUGGUUAAGUCACUUUCUCCCAAGGUUGCCACAUUGGUAGAGCAAGAAUCAAACACAAACACGGCCCCUUUCCUCCCCAGGUUCAUAGAGACUCUGGAGUACUACUUGGCAAUGUUUGAGUCCAUAGACGAGACAAUGCCAAGGGAUAGAAAGGAACGAAUUAAUGUGGAGCAACACUGCCUGGCCCGGGAUAUUGUGAAUGUCAUUGCUUGUGAGGGAAAGGAGAGGGUGGAGCGCCAUGAGCUCUUUGGUAAGUGGAAGUCCAGGCUGACAAUGGCAGGAUUCCGACAAUACCCUUUAAGCUCUUAUGUCAAUUCUGUGAUACGAAGCCUGCUGAGGUGUUACUCUAAACAUUAUACACUGGUGGAGAAGGACGGUGCUAUGUUGUUGGGCUGGAAGGACAGGAACCUUAUAUCGGCUUCUGCUUGGCACUGUGACAACUGAGAUACAUACAAAGGUAGUAUAGUAAUAAUCAGUUAAUUUUUUUAUAGGUUACAGACUGAUGGAUGAUGUUGAAUAACAGCCUCAGCUUUUUCUCAUAGUUCCUUUCGUUCGUUUUUACUUCAUUGCAUUUGAUGUACCUUUUGAUGCAGGAUGUAUAAGAACAUUGAGGGAUAUAUUCUAUUCUGUUUUAUGAUUCAAUGUACGUAGCAGGGCGACACAUAUCCCAUCUAUAAUACAGGAUAGAGAGAAUCUUAUUCAA